CAUCCCUCUCCGCCACCCACCGACCCCAGUCCCCCGCCGGCCCUCCUCCUGGCGCCGGGCCACCCCGUCCCGCCGUGACCCCCAGCUGCCUUGGGAGCCCCACGGGAAGGAUACCAGAUGGGAACUGCCAGCAGGGCAGCAUCCCUGGCUCCUCAUCAGUGGUUGUGCUCAUUACAAGGAUCCAUGCAAGCAGUUCAUGUAGCUUUCUGGGAGACAUCCUUUCAAGUGGACGCUCAAGUGCCAGGAGGCAGCUCACAUCAGGUUGGAUGCACAAAUCUCUGUGCAGUGCUUUUUGCCCGUUGCCUAGACGAUCACUUGGUUUCUCUGAGGAUGUCUGGUUCUCGUAAAGAGUUUGAUGUGAAGCAGAUUUUGAAAAUCAGAUGGAGGUGGUUUGGCCAUCAAGCAUCAUCUCCUAAUUCCGCAGUUGACAGCCAGCAGGGAGAAUUUUGGAAUCGAGGACAGACUGGAGCAAACGGUGGGAGAAAGUUUUUAGAUCCAUGUAGCCUGCAGUUGCCUUUGGCUUCAAUUGGUUACCGAAGGUCCAGCCAACUGGAUUUUCAGAGUUCACCUUCUUGGCCAAUGGCAUCCACCUCUGAAGUCCCUGCAUUUGAGUUUACAGCAGAAGAUUGUGGCGGUGCACACUGGCUGGAUAGACCAGAAGUGGAGGAUGGCACUAGUGAAGAAGAAAAUGAAUCUGAUUCCAGUUCAUGCAGGACUUCCAAUAGCAGUCAGACAUUAUCAUCCUGCCAUACUAUGGAGCCAUGUUCAUCAGAUGAAUUUUUCCAAGCCCUUAAUCAUGCUGAGCAAACCUUUAAAAAGAUGGAAAACUAUUUGAGACAUAAACAGUUGUGUGAUGUAAUUCUAGUUGCUGGUGAUCGCAGAAUUCCAGCUCAUCGAUUGGUGCUCUCCUCUGUCUCAGAUUAUUUUGCUGCCAUGUUUACUAAUGACGUUAGGGAAGCAAGACAGGAAGAAAUAAAAAUGGAAGGUGUAGAACCGAAUUCGCUAUGGUCCCUGAUUCAGUAUGCAUAUACAGGCCGCCUCGAGUUAAAAGAAGACAACAUUGAGUGCCUGCUGUCCACGGCCUGCCUUCUCCAGCUCUCACAGGUUGUGGAAGCGUGCUGUAAGUUCCUGAUGAAACAGCUUCACCCAUCCAACUGCCUUGGAAUCCGUUCUUUUGCUGAUGCCCAAGGUUGUACAGAUUUGCAUAAAGUGGCUCACAAUUAUACUAUGGAACAUUUCAUGGAAGUAAUUCGAAACCAGGAAUUUGUAUUAUUACCAGCCAGUGAGAUUGCAAAGCUCUUGGCCAGUGAUGACAUGAACAUUCCCAAUGAAGAGACGAUACUGAACGCCCUUCUUACCUGGGUCCGCCAUGAUCUGGAACAGAGACGGAAAGAUCUCAGCAAACUUUUGGCUUAUAUUAGGCUACCUCUUCUUGCACCACAGUUCCUGGCAGACAUGGAAAAUAAUGCACUUUUUCGGGAUGAUAUAGAAUGUCAGAAACUAAUUAUGGAAGCAAUGAAGUAUCAUUUGUUACCAGAGAGACGGCCCAUGUUACAAAGUCCUCGGACAAAACCGAGGAAGUCAACUGUCGGUACAUUAUUUGCCGUUGGUGGAAUAGAUUCAACAAAAGGAGCAACAAGCAUUGAAAAGUAUGACCUUCGUACAAACAUGUGGACUCCUGUGGCAAACAUGAAUGGGAGGAGGCUGCAGUUCGGUGUCGCAGUGUUGGACGACAAGCUGUAUGUGGUCGGAGGAAGAGACGGACUGAAGACUUUGAAUACCGUAGAAUGCUACAACCCCAAAACCAAAACCUGGAGCGUGAUGCCGCCCAUGUCCACACACAGGCAUGGCCUUGGUGUGGCUGUGCUGGAAGGCCCCAUGUACGCAGUCGGAGGGCACGAUGGCUGGAGCUAUCUGAAUACAGUGGAAAGGUGGGACCCUCAGGCUCGCCAGUGGAAUUUUGUUGCUGCCAUGUCCACCCCCAGGAGCACAGUAGGUGUGGCAGUACUCAGUGGAAAACUUUACGCAGUUGGUGGUCGUGAUGGAAGUUCUUGUCUCAAGUCAGUAGAGUGUUUUGACCCUCAUACUAAUAAGUGGACACUCUGUGCACAAAUGUCCAAAAGGAGAGGGGGCGUAGGAGUGACCACCUGGAAUGGAUUGCUAUAUGCCAUUGGAGGCCAUGACGCGCCCGCAUCCAACUUGACUUCCAGACUCUCAGACUGUGUGGAAAGGUAUGACCCCAAAACAGACAUGUGGACGGCAGUGGCGUCCAUGAGCAUCAGCAGAGACGCGGUGGGGGUCUGUCUGCUGGGAGACAAGCUGUAUGCCGUUGGCGGGUACGACGGGCAGACUUACCUGAACACAGUGGAGGCCUACGAUCCCCAGACAAAUGAGUGGAACCAGGUUGCUCCACUGUGCCUUGGAAGAGCUGGGGCUUGCGUUGUGACUGUAAAAUUAUAAUUCAGUGCUUUGGUUUCUAAAUGAAGAUAUCCUCUUCUUUUAUGAAUUUAGUACAUUUAUCCUACUGUCAAUGGAGACACUUUUAGUACAUUUGCAGUGCCACAUUCCUGGGCACGAAGUGCCUGAUCUGAAAGUGAAGAUCUUAAAACAAGAGAGGAUGAAGCAGAAUCACAUACUUCCAUGUCUUAGUAACUCAGAACCACAGCUGGUAGACUGUGAGCCUGUCCCUUCCUCACAUCAAAUGCGAGCACACACACACUGCCCCUGAGCACAGCCCUGUGUUACUGGGAAUUUCAUCAUAGUUCAUAAUUUCUUAAUCAUCAAGCACAUCUUACUCACCUUAUCCAAAGAUUCCUUUUAUUACGGUGAAAACACACCAGAUAAAACUCGUAACAUUAUCCUUUCUAACGUUACCAUACAUGAAUUACAGUAAUUUUUAUUCAUUUGUUUGCUCGUUUGUUUAACCACAGCCACUCUUUAGUGAUACAGUAAGUACUAUGCCAUUUAGUUUUUUCAGAAAUAGCUGUAUUAUAUGGGCUUUGGUUAUAGAUUUUAUUUCUAAAAUUGGGUUAGUCAGUGAAUAAGAAAAACAUUAAAGAGUCAAAACAAUAAUGACCAAGUAAAAACUUGGUGUGAUUAUCGGGGUUUAUUUAAAUAUUCAUCCUUUACAUCCAGAUUCACCAGGAAGAAUGUGUUAUGAUAUUCUCAAAUUAGAAUUGAAACAUGGUGUUUUGCAUUAAGAUGUGCAAAUUCAUGUAGGGAAAAUAAAUGUUAUAUACCCUGUAAUGUUCUUUCACCUAACAUGUAUUUAAUUACAUGAAUUUGUUUUCUUUUAUAAGAGAUGUUUUGAUUUUGUGGUUUGAUACUGACAAAACUGGUCGAAUGCUCUGAGGUUUUCAAAUCUGUGUUCGCCCCCUGCCUGGUUUCUCAUGUGCAGCCCACUGGUGACCCUUCGCGCUUCUUCGUAAUCAGUGUGGGAGAACAGGCUUACUGAAUGUUUGGAAAAUAAGUUUAAAGUGUUUAUUACCCAAUGUUUUGUACAUUUAUAAACUCUAAUUACAUUUGUGAAUGUUAAUACUCUCAGUGAAUUGUUUAUUGUUUGCAAAAAUGCACUGGGCAGUAACAUUUUAAGAUAAAUCCUUUAAGGUAUAAGUCAUUAAUUUAUAUCUUAAUAUAAAAAUGAGUAUAAUCUAAAUGCCCAUCUUUUAAGAUACAAAGUUAUAGUUAAUGUGUUUUUGAAAUUUAUAUCAGGGUAGCCUUUAUUUUAGUUGCUUUCUUUAAAAAUUAAAACAAACUUUUUUUUAACUAAUUUUGAAUGUCCAUGAAAUGUUUCUAUAUUGUUUCUACCUUGAAAACCAAGAAAACGAGUACUUCUGUUCCCCUAAAUAAAACCUGUAGUUAUUUUA